AAAAUAGACACGGUCCCACUUUGAAACAACAUUCGUGUUUACAACAAGAACACCUUAUUCUCCUUUUCGGACCUCUUUUUUUUUUUGGCAACUUUACCUUUGAAUUAACUUGCAUCUUUCUCUGUGCAGACCAUAUCGUUUUCCCCCUGCACCCUCAACACCCGGAGACCACUUUGACCACUUUGACCACUUUGACAUUCCCCAAACCUUGGAUCUCACAUUAUCUUUCUUGCUGCCACGUCCCCCCCUCUCCCCCUCUUAGUACUCGUCUCUCCGUGUCACCAGCCGCACCCCCUUCGCUAACUGGUAAUACUCCUUUAAUUUCAGUUGACGAGGGGCGGGAUUCCCCAUCUCCAGUAUAUGAAGCCCGGCGCAGAUCUCUCUUCUUGCGUAGUUACGCGAGUCAUCUCCACUCCACCAGUGCCUCCGCUGAACCGAAGCCCCAUUCGUGAAAUUUCAGACCUCAACGAUGAACGCCAGCUUUAAUAACAAUUCUGAUCCCGCCUCCGAAUACGAUGCAGGGUACUUUGUCGUGCCCAUCUUCAUGUUUGCAAUUGGUGUAGUGGGUAACAUCAUCGCCAUAGCGGUGCUGUCCCGCUCCAAGAAAGAGCGCCGGGAGUCCGCCUUCUAUACGCUGGUGUGUGGACUCGCUGUCACCGACCUGCUGGGUACCUGCCUUGCCAGUCCGCUAACUAUCUUCACCUACAUGAACGGCACCUCCUUGGAAGACCAAGCCCUCUGCGAGUUUGAUUCCUUUCUCCUUCUCUUCUUCGGGGUCACAGGGCUGUCCAUUAUCUGCGCCAUGUCCGGCGAGCGCUACCUGGCCAUCAGCCGGCCGUACCUGUACCAACGUAAAGUCAGCACGACCGGGGCGCGCCGGCUGCUCUGCGCCAUUUACGCCAUCAACGCGCUCUUCUGUGCCCUCCCAGCAUUAGGAAUGGGAAAAAGUGUCCUACAAAAGUCAGAGACCUGGUGCUUCAUCGACUGGCGGUCAAGUGAGCCCCUGCAGGUCUCCUACUCCUUCUUGUACGCCGGCACGAGCUCUCUGCUCAUCGCGGCCACCCUGGCUUUCAACGUUGCCGUGUGCGGUACUCUGCUGGCAAUGCAGAAGGGGGCGCGCUGCCGCAGAGGGCAGAUGAACGGCCCGGGCACCUCCGAGGCCGAGGUGCAAAUGAUGGUGCUGCUGGUGGUGACUUCCGUGGUGGUCCUGUUCUGCUCGACGCCGCUGGUGGUGAGAGUGUUUGUGAAUCAGAUCAUGCAGCCCAUGCCAGUGAAGGACAUCUCCGAUAGUGCCGAUCUGACCGCCAUCCGCAUAGCAUCCGUCAACCCCAUACUCGAUCCCUGGAUCUAUAUUCUUCUGCGGCGCUCCGUCUUCCGCUGUGUCCUUGGACUUGCUAAGGGGGCCUUCCGCCACAGAAAGAACUCCCUCGCGCUGGGACACGGCCACCCACUGGCAUAUUUGAACGCCUCGAAGAGUCAUGUGCCUGUGCUGUUGCGUCUGGAAAUCUUCAACAGGGAGGAACUCAAUACGAGAGAACACCCUGAAGCAGAAACCUGUGGAUCAGCCGAUACCAGUACGACAUUCGUGGGAGACGAUGGAGGCGAGGAGCAGCCACUGCCAACGGCAGCAGAGCCCACGGCAGAAAUCCACAAGACUGUAAAAUGUCCAGAGGGGGCUUCGCUCGGUCACAGCAGCCUGCUCUGCCCGGCAACCACGUGACAGCAACCCCUCUAAAUCCUGAUCUUAAACACUUAAGGAAAACAUUUAUAGCGCCCUGCAUGAAAAGGGAGGAAAUGGGACAGUCGUGGACAUUAGGGCAUAUCAAGGGACCAAAGAAGAGAAUCUUCAAGGAAGCGUGAGGAGUGAUGGAGCUUGUGGAGUACAUGAGGGGCUUUUGGUGCUGAUGGCGGUGAAGCCCCGCGCAAGGUGUGUGUGAGGACCUAAAUA